AUGACUUCUACCAAGACAUUCGCAUGUUGCAACAAGACAUUCGGCACGAGAGGCAAUUACAAGAGACAUGUCGAGACCGUCCACCCAGCACCCGUCGGAAUGCUCUGCGGCAAAUUUCUUAAACCAAGGAAAGACAAUAUCAAGCGCCAUCGGAUCCUGUGCAAGAAAUGCAAAUAUCCUCGAAGCCGCCAAAUCGAAAGCCAGAGGAACCCGGGAAUCGAAUCGGAAACCGUUUAUUUCGAAGAUCUCUCUCCAGGAUUCAGUGCCCCAUGUCUCGUGGAGUCAAUCAUAGUCGAAGGCAAUGACCAACACCGUCUAAACAUAGCCUCAACGGCGGGUUCCAUAUAUCCAGUAUGGAAUUACCUCGUCAUUCCUGCUGAUGCCGGAACCCAGGCUAUCCCAGUCGACGGCACCGUUGGCCCUCAGAUGCCGCCAUCUUGGUUCAAUCCAGCCGUUGGGGACGCUACAAUGGAACGAGGCAUGACCAACGGUAAUGGCAAAGUUGAAGACACUUCCACAUACCCUUGCUCGAACAUUUUCGCGGAGUCAGCCAGGUCCGCAGAAGGAAACUUCAAUUACCACGAUGCGAUGAACGAGCUGUCCACUGGAGGGAAUGAGCAAUGGACCGAGGAUUGUCAAAGUGUGAAUGGUUUCUAG